UGCCUUGUCUCUUAACGAACGCAAUGUCAUUCAUCAGAAAAGGUUUGCGAGAUCUUCUGGCGGUGUAUAAAACCUUAAUUGUAUUAAUUACGCCAUUAAUUCUAAUUGUGGUACCGAUUACAUGGAAUACUUCGGAAGGAAAAUGUGCCUACGGACUUCUGCUUAUGGCUAUUUACUGGGUAACAGAAGCACUUCCGCUGGCGGCGACAGCUUUACUUCCGGUACUCGUGUUCCCACUGCUGGGUGUGAUGAAAGCUUCCGAGUUAAGCAGCAACUACAUAAAGGAAUCUUCGAUGUUUGGACUUGGUGGGCUCAUGAUCGCUAUCGCUGUAGAGAAGUGGAAUUUACAUAAAAGAAUUGCACUUCGAGCACUCCUAAUGGUGGGAUCAGAACCAAAGUGGCUUAUGUUUGGCUUUAUGCUGCCCACGUGGUUUUUGUCGAUGUGGGUGAGUAACACUGCCACUACUGCGAUGAUGAUUCCAAUCGUUGGGGCGGUCCUACAGGAAUUUAAAUUGGUGAAAAAAGCAUCCCAUGCAGAUGACGUUAAAAUGACGGAGGUUUCCAACGGAGUUGUUAAGACGACAGAAAUCUCAAUAAAAGUUCAAGGAAAUGGGGAAGAAAAUGACAUUAAUCACCAAACUGCCAAACCUAAAGAAAUGGAGCACUAUUCUGAAGAGAAGGUCGCCGAAAAAUGUGAGCACAACUCAGAAAAAAAUGCAGAUUUGGAGGGAAAUGAAGGAUACAAUCGAAUGUGUAAAGGAAUGUCACUGUGUGUCGCUUAUGCCGCAAAUAUAGGGGGAACAGGAUCACUAUCAGGAACCGGUCCGAAUCUUAUAAUGCAAGGACAGGCAGACCAAAUUUUCCAGGAAUAUGGAAUGCAGGACUCUGGAGUGAACUUCGCUAGCUGGAUGGUUUUCGCCUUACCAGGGUCGAUGAUAUGUGUUCUCCUAGCAUGGCUGUGGUUAUCUUUCUUUUUUCUUGGUUGGAGGGGUGUGGUUUGCAAAAGACGUAAAGAAAGAAAUGACCGGGUAGAGGAAACGAUACGGAAAUCAUACCAAGAACUUGGAUCGAUGUCUUUUGCAGAAAUUGUUGUAUUGAUCCAUUUUGUCAUCCUUGUGAUUCUGUGGUUUUUCCGAAAGCCCCCAUACAUCGAUGGCUGGGGCUCCUUCUUUAAAUCCGGGUUUGUUGGGGAUUCGGCCGCUGCUCUCCUUAUAGUGAUGUCAUUAUUUACAUUCCCAUCCGUACGUCCUGCAGUUUUGUGUUUUCGAAGGAAAAAUCCAUUUCCUGGAGAUGACAGACCACGCAGUUCAGUUCCGGCUAUUCUUGACUGGCCAACCGUGGAAAAGAAAUUCCCUUGGGGAGUCCUUCUGCUGAUCGGAGGAGGUUACGCUCUAGCGGAUGCUUGUGAGAAAUCUGGAUUGUCAGCUUUCAUUGGAGAACAGCUUGAAGUCUUAAGUAGCAUGCCUCCCUGGGCAAUGAAUCUUUUACUUACACUCAUAAUUGCAAUGCUUACAGAAGUCACAAGCAAUUCGGCCACAACAACUCUCAUUCUUCCUAUAUUAGCCAAUUUGGCUCUUCGACUUAAUCUGAACCCACUUUACUUGAUGUUUCCCUGUGUGAUAGCUGCAUCAUUCGCGUUUAUGCUUCCAGUUGCUACACCUCCAAAUGCUAUCGUAUUUGCAACAGGACAUUUAACAGUGAAAGAUAUGGCCAAGGCAGGAUUUUUUCUGAACUUUAUUUGUAUUGGAGUUCUUGCCCUUGGGACCAAUCUUUGGGGAGAGGCUUAUUUCAAACUUAGUGAGCUGCCAUCAGGAUUCAACAAAACGAGUCUAAAUACAACACAAACUUUGAUCACAAUUUAGUUAUAGACUUUAUUUUCUUCAUUGUUCUUCAUAGUCAAGUUUGUACAAAGAACUUAUUUUAAUUAAAACAAAAUACAUAUAUACAUAUUUGAGA